CGUUAACCUUUACUAAGGGUUCCGCCCGCCCCCGCCGGCGCCCCUCCCCUAUAAAUUCAAGAUCCCUCCUCAUCUCUUCUUACACUACAACUAGUUACUAAUAUCACCCUCCUCCUUAAUAGCUAUAAUUAAGCUGAACUAGAGCUUGCUUCCCUUUUCACCAUGGCCUCGCCCUCACCAUGCACGCAAACGCCACUACUACUACUACUGCUGCUGCUUCUCUGUCUCUCUGUCUCUGCCCCAUUCCACCUGCUGGUUGCAGCCGAUUCUUCCCCUGAUGCGGUGCGCGACAUCGACGGCCAGAAGCUCCGGGCGGGCACCCAGUAUUACAUUCUUCCGGUCUUCCGCGGCAAAGGCGGCGGCGUCACGCUCGGCCCGCGGAAUGCCACCUUUUCCAAUUGCCCGUUGGACGUCGUCCAGGACCGCUCGGAGGUCAGCAAGGGUCACCCUGUGACCUUCACUCCGGUGGACCCAAAGAAAGGCUUCAUCCGCCUCUCCACGGAUCUCAACGUGGAGUUCUCGCCCGUCGAGACCAUCUGCGCUCAAUAUUAUUCCACCGUCUGGAGGCUGGACAAGCACGACGGGCGGUACUUGAUCUCGACGGGCGGCGUCGGUCGCGAAACUCUAAGCAACUCGUUCAAGAUCAAGAAGCAGGACGAUGAUUACAAGCUGUUUUACUGCCCGACAGUCUGCAAUUACUACGCCCGCUGCAAGAACAAGGGGAAGGUGAUCUGUAAAGACGUUGGCAUUUACAUCGACAGGUACGGAACCAGGCAUUUGGCGCUCAGCGAUAAGCCCUUCAGAGUCAUGUUUAAGAAGGCGGCCGCCUAAAGAAGUAUGUCAUGGCUGCCUCUCGUCACCGUACGUACGUGGAUGGAACAGCAGCAGCAGUCUAUAUAUAUAUAUAUAUAUAUGUAUGUUUAUCCAAAUAUAAUUGGAUAAUGUAAUCCGAUGAUGUCUCAAAUAAAUAAAUAAAUAAAUAAACUUGAGAGGACUGUUAUGUA